AUGUCAUCGGACGAGCUGCUGCGUCUGGCCAAAUCAGUUAUCCAGUCUAUAGAUCCAAAAUGUUCUUUUUUGAGCGAUGAAACUCUUGAACUUCUAAAUUCACUCUUUCCCGAGAAACUGAUUAUUGCAGCUUUAGACCUCAUCGAUCGAAAAAAUGUCAUUCAUUAUGUGACUUCCUGGGGACACACUGAAUAUGAAGUAAUAGCGUCGACAGACACAAGUGAGAACACUAUAGGAACGUCCACUUCGUCAUAUUCAGUCUUGCUCGAUAUUCAAGCUUCGCCAAUGCAAUACUCAUGUUCUUGCCUCGCAUUUCUCCAUUCCGUCCUCAGACUGGAAACACACCUCAUGUGCAAACAUAUUCUCGCUGCUUUGAUUGCUCGUCAAAUGAACUUGACAAUUGAACGACCUACCAAUCCUGAUGAAUUAGCAGUUUUAUUCAUGCGUCAAUUCCCUAUUUUAAAGGGGGAAGAUAUUUCCGAUUCAAACGCGUCACAAUCCCAUAAUCUCGAUGAGGCACAAAAUUUAUGA